GAGCAGUACUGCGUUCCCUGUGUGACAGUGCUAAUAAAGUUUUGUGUUCAGUUCUGUAAGCUGCAGGAGCAGGACACUCUGAAGGAUCUGUAUAACCAGGACGACGACCACCAGGAGCUCGCCAACUACUACGUCACCGCCAGCUACAGAGAGAAGAGGUUGGAGAGCCGUCUGUCCGUCCUGCAGAGCGCCGUUGAUGAAUACAAUAAGGCGAAGAACGAGUUUUCUGCGAAGGCCACAGAGGACGAGAUGCGUCUCCUUCGUUUCCAACGCAAACUGGAUGAUGAGAAAGGGGCGGGGCUUCUGGGACUGUCUCUGCAGGCCACCAUGGAGGCUCUGCUGGCGUUAGGACUCCACAAACAAGCGGAGCAACUUUACAGAGACUUCAGAGUACCUGACAAACGGUACUGGUGGUUAAAACUGAAGUCUCUGGCUGAGAAGGAGGAGUGGGACGAGUUAGAGAAGUUCUCGAAGAGCAAGAAGUCUCCUAUUGGCUACCUGGCGUUUGUUGAAGUUUGCAUGAAGAAUAAUAACAAGUAUGAAGCCAAGAAGUACGUUUCCAAGGUAACACCUGAGCAGAAGGUCAAAGCUCACCUGUCCAUCAGUGACCUGGAGGGUGCGGCAGACGCUGCGAUCGAACGCAAGAACGAGGCCGAGAUGGGGGCGGUCCUCUCCAGAUGCCCCGCCUCCGACCGCCUGCUGAUUGACAGGUUGAACCGAGCUCGAGCUGCCGUCGUCAAAAAGUGAUCCUCCAUUCAGAGACCGUAGUUCAGCCGGAGUUCAGCCGUAGUUCAGCCGUAGUUCAGCCGUGACUCAGCCGGAGUUCAGCCGGAGUUCAGCCGUGACUCAGCCGGAGUUCAGCCCCCCCUUAUCUGUAAAACUCACUCCUUUUUUCUUUUUUCUUCUUUCACUUUUCCAGUUUUUGUUUUCUUUUUUUAC